ACUGAGAGAAUCGUGAAAUUAUCGAAUCGAAUAGAAGAUGACGAAUUCGGUAUCCCGUUUAGUGCGAUGAUUCACUAAUAUUCGAUACUUUCCGGUGGCUAAAUGCUACAGAAAAAUUCAUUUGAUUGGUAAGUUAACCCCACUUUUGCUUAGUAGGCAUUUGAAAUGCAUGUAUACCCCUGUACCUUUUUUCACAUGAAAUCUGAUAAGAAGUCGAGUCUCCUUCAUCGGCCAUUUCAUAUUCUGGGCUUCACCCGUUUAUUGAACCUCAUUCAACCCUUCGAAGGCGAAAGGCGAGGAAAUGGCCGCCCCAUCAAGCCUCCAGGCCGACGACCAACGGAGGGAUAAGUCUUCAAAAGCCAUUGGUGGAGAUGCCGUUUCCGAGCGCAUCCUUACUGGAGAUGAGGAGGCAGACAUCUUGAGCAUUGAUGAAAAUGUCGCAGGAGCUCCAGAAGAGCGCCUCGCAUUAGAGCGACGCCUUAGACUCAAGGUUGACUUGCGACUAUGUACUAUCGCCGGUAUAUUAUGCUCGCUAAAUCUUCUCGACUCUGGAGUUAUCAGCUCUGCGUCGGUGACAUCAAUGCCCUCCGACCUGCAGCUCACAGGCAACCGAUUCAGUGUUAGCAUUUUUAUCUUCACCAUAUCGAGCAUCGCCUUUCAACUACCAUCAACUCUUGCCGUGCGCACCUUUGGUCCUCGUUUAUGGUUCUCCACGACCACCUUCUGUUUCGGCCUCAUAACGAUGUGUACUGCUUUCAUUCAGACAUGGCAGCAGAUGAUCGCGCUACGUGUGCUUCUCGGUAUAGCGAUGAGCGGUAUUUACCCGGGGUUGACCUACCUGAUCUCCACGUGGUACCCGAGAAAGGAACAACAAACGCGCUUUGCUUUCUUGCAGACUGGCGAGGUAGUAAUUCUUGCUACGGGCGGUAUCGUCAAUUAUGGCCUCAAUCAAUUAAACGGGAAGGGCGGCAUUGCUGGCUGGCGGUACAUGUUCCUAGUGCAGGGGCUGAUCGCGAUGGUUCUCGGACUCGUAACUUACUUCUGGAUCGUUGACUUUCCCGAGGAAGCGCACCGUUCUUUCUGGUUCCUAACGCCCAAGGAGCAGGAUCUCGCCGUGUCCCGCAUCAACGCCGAUCGCAAGGACGUCAAACCAGACCCAUUCUCCUGGGGUGAAGUUUUCGUCCACGCUCGAGAUCCCAAGGUCUACGGCUUCGCCUGCAUGUUCUUCCUGCUAAACCUCGUGUCCACGGCGCUAUCUUACUUCCUCCCCAUCAUCCUACAAAGCGGCAUGGGCUUCGACGAGAACCAAUCCAUCCUCCUAUCCGCGCCGCCGUACUAUUACGCCGUCAUCCCGGUCCUCCUGUCCUCCAUCAUCGGCGACAAGUACAGGCUCCGUGGACCUGUCAUAGUGUUCAACUGCGUCACGCUCAUUGUGGGCUUCUGCAUGCUCGGCUUCGCCGAACAGGUGGCCGUGCGCUACGUCGGCACAUACCUCGCGACUGGCGCUUAUGUCAGCAAUUGGGCGGCCCUAAGCGCCUACCAAUCCAAUAACAUCACCGGCCAGUGGAAACGCGCGUUCACUGCCGCUGCCGUGACUGCGAUGAACGGCGCUGGAGGCAUCGCAGGUAGCUUCAUCGUUAGGUCUGUCGAGGCGCCUCAUUACUUGACUGCUGUCUGGGUGUCCAUAGGCUCGCAUAUCCUGAUCAUCGCUAUCGUCGCCGUCUUCUCUGUCUACUUCUUCUUCUCGAAUAAACUGGCCGCGCAGGGGAAGAUCAUUAUUGAGGGUGUCGAGGGCUUUAGGUAUACGUAUUGAGUACCUAAGCAGCGAGCGAGUACUUGGUUAGGUUUGGAAAACGUGCGGAGUGUCUGUGGGGUUUAAAGUCGUGGUUCUGACACUUGGUUGAUAAUAAGUUGCUGCGCUAAGACUGCUCUUGGACCUGGCUAUUGCGGAUAGACGCGACAUGGGUAACGCUUAUGAUGACAUGCUUUACGAUUCAUGGUAGACGUUGUCGGUAUGAGGGUUUGGAAAGAACUUUGAAUAAAUAUUGGGAAGCUGAUGCUCUUUCGUCUGACCCCUUUGUUACCCACUUUUAUCUCUACGAGUAAUGGUCGUUUGUGUAACUACGACAGUCGGGAAGUUUAUUAACUCUUAGACCAUAUACCUUUGUUUAUUCAAUCAUUCACGAUGCGGUCUGUUUCUUGGAGUUCCCGAUGAUCCACAGGGGAUCCAAGAUGUUGGUGAGGUGACUAAGUAGCUUGAUUGAUGCUACCUUCGCAGUUACUUUUCGACGAAGAAAUAUCACCACCCCAUAAACCGAAUACCAGGCCUGUCAGUAGGCAAUGCCACUAUAGUACAAUUCCGAAGCAGUGAAGUAAAAAAACAUGUCAGGUCCGUGUAUCCAGGCCUGCC